AUGAGUGCCAAAAGGAGUGAAGCCAAGUUAUAUGAAAAGUUUAAAGUGACAGCACCGGAAAUGCUGGCCCAAAUCAUCCAGGUGCUUGCAUUAUGCCAUAAACUGGACAUCCAUGUGCCACGAGGGGUCAAGAACCUCUUCGAGUUCACAUGGGAGGAGCUAACAGUAACGACACAGAGGAAAGCCAUCACUGGAGAGUACUGUCCUGUUGUCCAUUUAGUCUCCACCAUGGAAUCAUCUUUCUCUAGCACUACCUACAAGAGCCAUACAGGGAGGAAAUCUAUCCCCAAAGGCACAAUGUCAGAGCCUAGCUAUCUGUCUCCUUCAGCAGAAAAUCAGCAAAUACUCCUCAAGUUCCAGCGAAGGUCAGUCCACCUGCUGAGCGAACUCCUCAAGCUGAAGAUGAAGGCGAUGAUUGAUUCUGUUACUGGAUGUAGUUCCGAUGAGGUUACCAGAAAGUUUUUGGAGGCAGGUCAGCUGCUAUGUCCCAAGAACCAGGAGGAGGCUGCUGAAUUAAUGGCACAAGCACCCAAAAAAAGAGUGUCACACAGCACCUGCAAGCCCAUCCCUAUUUCCUCCACCAUCCAACUAAUCCACCAAGUCUCUGUGUCCUGCCUCACCUUCUCACUCGCAUCAAAGGAAAACAAACUACCAAAGGCCCCAGGUUCCCCUAAAUUCAAACCUAUGCAGGAAGUGAUAAAUGUUGACCAUCAGCAUGACCCAUGCCCUGAAGCCAGGCAGAAGCUGAGAGAAAUGUGCAGACAUAUAGAGCAAGAGAAGGCUGCAAUGAAAGCAAAGGGCCAUACCAAGCCCCUAAUAGUGCGAAACUAUGCCACUGUGCUCGGGUCACCGUCCAUCUCCUCUAGGAAAGGUGGGCAGAUGGUCCCACUGCCAACAGAACGCAAGCCUAAACCACCAAAGCUCUAUUUUGCCUUUCCUGAUGGGACAGCAUUUAUUUUGUAUCCUUCUAUUGAAACCAAGGGAGAAGGUUACCCAACAGGAAAUAUUGCUGCUUGCCAGUUCCCCAUGUGCUGUGUGGGAAAAACAAUCACCCUUCUCUUUAAUAAUGCUCCAAGUCUAGCUCUUCUGGCCUCUUUUAUAGCUGACCACCAGGCAUGUGUGCGUUAUUCCUUCAAAGCCAGCUGUUCACUUGCACUGAUGAUGGAUCUUGAAGGAGGAGCAGUCAGGGACAGAGAUGGAUAUUUGACUCACAAGUGGAGUUGGGCUUCAAAGACCCAGACUUUACAGUCUUUAGAAUUUCAGAUAAAUGAACAGCUAAAACUGAAGGUACUUGGUCAAAAUUCCAUUACUCUUUCUUUUUCCUGUUUGAAUGAGACCGUCACUAUGUCUUUGUCAAGAGCUCCAUGUGCACACACACCCAAAGCUGACAAACGGAUACUUGCAAAAGCAAGUGACAGUGAGGAGAAGGAGCAGCAACUGGAGAGAGCCUUGGAAGAGAUUAAGAAGCGAUUUCAGAAGACAGUGAAACAAUUUAUAAAUGCCAUUUUGAUAGCUUCAGGUAUGAUUCCUAUAGAAUAUCCAAUCCUAGAAGGAGCAAGGUAUGUCAAAUUUAAAAGGAAGGAACCGUCAUCUCAGGCCUGGGCUAAAAGAGUGAAAGAAGAACGUGCUCUAAUAGCUUCAGAAACGAAAAGGCCUCAAAAACCUCCUAGCAGACCAAUUGCCCAAAGGAUUCCUCCCAAGCCUUCUCGCAGACCCGUGGAUCCCGUGACCCAACCAAAGCCUGCACCAAGAGUUAAAACCGUUUCAGCUGCAGUUGCACGCCCUGCCAGGACCUGGGCAUCGUCUAUUGCUGACUGCCCAAUUGUGCUCCGGAGGCUGCUAUCAAAACAGGACGCUGGUCUGGGUUGCAAGUGCGUCGUGAAAAUUCCAUUUGUUACCGACUUGGAGUUUGACAAGUUUAUUUCAGCCCCCAGAAAGUCCGAUCAGAUCCUGGUGAUCUUUGUCCUGUCAUCCCAAAACCCUUCCUAUUCUCCCUUCUUGGAGUGGAUGUUACAAAGCCUGUACAUGGAAAAACAGCAUGGCCGCCCAUCCCCUUGCAUUCAGUGCAGGUGUGACCCUUACCGCUUGCUGAGGUAUGACAUGGACAGUGUCACAAGACGAAAGCCCCCCCUGCCACCUCUGCUUGUGCGGAAGCAUGCUGUCACUCCGGGAAUGGUGCUGAUGUACGCUGGAGGGAAGCUGCUCUUUGGGGGCUGUGUUUUCAACGGAUAUGGCUGCAGCAAGAAGGACCUGCUGAAGCAGAUCGGCCAAGCUCGCCUCGACUGCAAGAUGGGUCACUUCCUGCCAGAGAGUUUCAAAUUUAGUGCUAUCCCUGUGGAGGACCCUGACCAGGACAAAUUGAAGAGCCAACAAGAUUCAGUGGAGACAACUAGUGAAGAGCCUUCCUUGGUGCCCAAGAGGAAAGACGCUCCCCGCUCAAAGCUAAAGAUAUUAAAGACACUGACAGCCAUGAAGUGCAUCUUUUCAAUGCAAGAGCAGCAGCAGCAAAAGCAGAAGAAAAACCAAAAACCUCAGAUAGCACAAGCAAAAGACAGCGGAAAAAAUAGUGACACUAGUAAAUAG